AUGCAGCCACUGAGCACUAACGCGGAGCACUGCAGCAUGGGCGACUUGUACAACGUCACUCGCGUCGCCAACAACGAUACUCCUCCUCCACCGCCACCACCAGCCUCUCAAGAGCCUUCAGCCGCCGCUCAAGACAUUCCUCCGCCGCCACCUGCCGGAUUUGUCGGCCAGAAAGAUGCGAACAUGGAGCCAGAGCGCCAGGAAGAUGAAGCUCAGGAGGAAGCUGAAUGUGAGGUGGAAGCGAUACUGGCAUCGCGAGGCUUGAACUUUCUGUCCACUGGCGGAAUACUAAAAGUCGAAUACUGUGUCAAGUGGGUUGAUGAUGACCAGCCGACCUGGGAGCCCGCAGAGAAUUUACUCCGCAACGCCGCGGAUGUCGUCGCAGACUUCCAUCACCACCUGCCGGGAAGUAUCAGACCGGCUGGUUACCAGUCACCGCGAGGAUGGUCUCCUUUACCCUACUACUUCCAACCUGGUCUGAAGCUCGCUAGCAGCAGAAUCAAAGUCAAACGCAAUGAGAGAAAGUCGUGGGGUAUCUGGGGGAUCUUGAAGGAGGACGAGGAUGGGGCGAGGGUCUUGAUCGCAUGGAAAGAUGAUUCAAAGACGGGAGAGAGGUUCAAGCCUUCCUACGAGUCAUGGGACAAGGUGAAUAUUAUGGGUCAGGUGGAGUGGCUCAGCUGGAAGUCGAAGACUAGACUCUCAGAGCGCGCAGAGUGGCAAUGCGAGGGCUAUCCGGAUGAUUGA